GGGUAUAAAAAUGCACAAUAUUGUUGACACUUGUAAGGAGGAAAGGUUAGUGCUUAAAUUGUUUAAACUAAAGUGAAAUCAGGGCACGUUCUAGAGGGUAAACUAUCCGGGAAAUAAAUUGAACGUACCAAAAUGUCAGAUCUGAAAGUAAAGAAUAUAUUUUUAGGCGAGACCAGGCGAUGGCUGAAGAAGAACCGCCUUUUAAAAUCGGAUGCAUAAAGUUUGAAGCAGAGGAUGAAUUCCAGCAGGCGGACCCAUUAAUAUCGCACUCGACUGAAGAACGGAUUAUCAAUGUUCUUAAAGAAAUUUCCGAAGAGAAUAAAGAACUACGCGAUCAAGUUGAGGUCCUGUCUAAAAAGCUCGAUGUGAUGGCAGACAAGCUGGCGGAGGCCACUGCUUUAAUGAAGAACCAUGUUCCAAAUGAGACUGAUGAUAUAAAAUUCCCAUUAAAAUCAGUGAUGGAGCUGGAGAGCCUCGACUCCAUAAUAACAACUACGGAGCUGUCGGAUAUGUAUAUCAGAAAGAUAUGGAGCUUAAUUGCAAAUGGGCCAUUAUCAAAAAGUAUAAAAAACGUGAUGGACGAGGGACUGAUUUUUGUUUUUAAUUUGGACGGAACAGCGGGCAAGAUGGCCCUAAAGGGAUAUAACAGGUUUUACAGUGUCUUGGAAAUGGCGACGCGGAUGAAGAGCCCCGGCGACUGCCCCAAAAAGGCUCUACGAAAAGCAAUACAAAAUGUUAAAAAUAAUAGUAUAAAAAAAAAUUCUAGAGCCAGAAAGGUACACAAAUUAAAUUAAAACUAAAAUAAAAUAAAAGUAUUUU